UGGUGGACGCGGAAUUCGAACUCGCGGAAUUCGAACUCACGACCUUCUGGUGGAAUUCGAACUCAUGAUCAGUUUAAUGUGCGUCAGAGACGACUUUUCCUUUAAACACGAAGGAUCUGUGGAACGUCGCCGUGUUCCGGUUGAUGGUUGCUGUAUCCGAGUGAAACAGCAGAGGCGGUGAGGAGACCGACUGAUCCUCACAUUGACAUUCAGAGGCUGCGCUGCUCCUGCUGCAAAAUGGCGGCCGGUAGCGAAGCUGCAAGCGGCCAUAGCCGCGGCUCAAGCGCUGUUCUCGAGACCUCUUUAGAACGGCGAUUUCAAGGCGUCUCGAACACGAUGGAGUCGAUUCAAGGACUAUCGACGUGGUGCAUCGAGAACAAGAAAUAUCACAGUGUAAUCGUGCGGACCUGGCUGAAGUGGGUGCGAAAAUCGGACUCUUCUCAAAGGCUCAAUCUCUUCUACCUGGCUAAUGAUGUCAUUCAGAAUUGCAAGAGGAGAAACGCGAUCGUCUACCGCACCACCUUCACUGAUGUUUUGCCCGAAGCUAUUAAGCUCAUCAGCACUGUAAAAGACUCUAAGGUGCGGAAAUCCGUGGACAGGAUCCUGGCCAUUUGGGAAGAGAGAAAUGUUUACUCGGAUGAGUUUAUUAACAAGCUUAAAGGUGGUCUUAUUCAGCAAGAAGAACCGCCAGUUUCAGCUCCCGUCACCCCAAAAGCUGCACUGAGAUCCAAGAUAGUUGCUGAGUUUUUGCCGUCAGCGUUUAUGGAGCAUCUCACCAAGUACAGGAAAUCCAUGGAUGAGAUUGAGCUAAGAGAGAAGCAGCUAGCUGCGAUGAGAGUGGACGUCUGCAGCACAGUAGCUCUGAAGAAACUCAAAGAUAAAGCAGGCGGUAAGAGGUUUUCUAAAGAUUUUGAAGAUGGUAGUGCAAAACUGCAGGACUUCGUAGCCUUUCUGGAAGGAGAGGUUAAAAAAGGACCUUCUCUGAUGGAGGCUCUGGAGAAUGCUGACAUUUUCUAUGAGAUGCAGUACAAAGAGGUCAAGAUAGUCACUAAUGCCUAUCAGACUUUUGCCAACCGUGUGUUGCAUCUCAAGAAGAAAUUGGAUGCAAUCAAAGCUUCUUUACCUGACCAAGAUGACUCACCAAUCCCUUCCCCCUCUGAGGACGCACCAUCACCCACAGGUUCUGAGUCACCCUUCCAUGGCUUAACACGCAUUGGUACCCCAGACCCAGAGCUAGAUGGUCAGGCAUUGGAGGAGGACCUGAUUGCGCUCUGUGAUGCACCUAGUCCACUCUCUUCCCUUGGGGACAGAGACAAUCGUGACAUAGAGGACAUGGAGCUUUCAGAUACUGAGGACUUGGUGGAACCAGCCAUCAUAGUAGAAGAAAGGACAGAGCAACCUGGCCCUGCAAGUGUGUCCAAUCAGAGUCUGGCUCUUGGUGUGGCUGAACCAUCUCAAUCCAUUCAGACGGCACCUGAGAAUGAAACUACAACACCAGCACCAUCCACAAGCCCAACAACAGGGUCCCUUCCCAUUAAUCUGGCGGGUGUGGAUUUGGGCAAAAUCAGCUCUAUUAUUAGCACACUUACAAAUGUCAUGAAGAACACUGCUACAGUAAGCCCAGCAUUUCGCUCUGCCCCCAGUUCAUCAAGCACACUUUCUUCAGCAAGUUCAACCCCCACGGUCUCUUCUUCGCCAGUCUUACCUGCAUCUAACUCGCUGGCAAAAAUACUUUCCCGGGUGGACAUCAACCCUGGCACCCUGCUGAACGUCCUGUCUAAAACCCAAUCACAAGGGAUUGGGCUUCAGGGACUGUCUUCUUUCUUGAACAGUCAAACUGCAGUAAACUCAAAUCCUUCAGGCUCAAAUGUGGGCCCAUCCUCAGAUCCCACUUUUAAAGCCCAUGAAUCUCCUAAUACCAAUUCAGUUUCACCUGCACCUACAGUGCUGAGAGGCAAUACCCCUCAAAGGGCUGGGACUCUACAGUCUUCUCAAUCUCCCAGCACUAUUCAGAGCAGGGAUCUUCAGAAGGAAGCCGAGGAACACAAAGAGGAAUCAGUUGUUUCUGUCAGCUCUACACUGGACUCCAAAAUUGACGGAUUCCUUCAAGGCAAUCCAGGACUGAGAGGCUUAAAUAUGGGUUUCCCGCCUGUUCUUUCGUGGAAUAAAGCUGUUGAUAGUCCUUCAGCCAGCACAGAAAACCUUGGGGGAACUCCUGUGAGGGAUGAGUCUGGUGCAACACCAACUCAAGAUGAGGUCAUGGAUGAGCCUGCAGUACAACCAUUUUUGUAUCAAGGAAGACCUCUGCAAACCGCUUCAACAACAGCUGCUUCUGCACCCACAGCGGUCACUGGACUGCCUAUGUCCACGUUUCCUACUGACUCCUGGCAAUAUGGUCCUGGGUCAGUUCAUAGUGGUGAUCACUACCAGAGAGACUUUACAGUAAAACAAAGUUUCCAAAGUUCCGGAAUGCCUCUUAGUGAAAGAGGGCGUCCUCAGAAUGUCGAGUCUUUGUUGCCAAUAUCAAUGGCAGACAAGAAUCAGAGCUUCAAUAAAAACAAUGAGACCCUGAAGGGAAUUGGUCUAGGGACACCGUUCUCUAGUAAUGGAGCAGACAAUGCUAGCGAUGGCUGGUAUUGUGAUACACGUGGACAUGAUCAAAAGCAGCGUGUUGGUAGCAACUCUGAAUCAUAUAAAGGAAAGCAGCAGCAGUCUGAAGAUCACGUACAUGAUACCAACCCUCCUAAUUUCUUCAACACUCCAUUACCACCCCCUCCACCAAUCCCUCAGCUUCCACCUCCACCUCAAGACUUUCUCCCUCCAGUGGUAGGUCAAAGAGUCAAAGAUCCUUCUGACCUGACCAGUAUCACAGACAACGUACAGACUGGUGGUGAUGUCGCACCCUAUCGCUUAAAUUCUGUUUCUCAUGAUGAUUACGAUGAGCGUCUCAAUCGGAUCCCAGCCAAGGAGAUUUUCCGUCCUCAUCUGAAUACCCAAGGGCCACGGCAUUGUGCAACUGCUCCACAUCCUGUUCGCCUGGGCCCACCGAAUGGCCCUAUGGACUUUAAUCAUCGUCCUAGAGUCCCUAUUCACAAUCAGCUUCACCCUUGUAUGGCUCGUCCAAGUGCCCCAUCUACUGUAAGGAGGUACCAUGAGGCUCUUAGUCCCUCACAUGCUCCAUCUGAUGAUGCCUAUUUGGACCCACACUGUGAUGCUCCCCCUCGCAGCCCUUCUCCUCCUCCUUACAAUGUUGAGCACCCUGUCUCACCUCAUACUCCCACGUUUUAUCCAGAAGAAAGAGCCAUUAUGCCAAUGCACCAUCCAGAACCUAGAUUACGUCCCCGAUUCGAGCACAGGACUCCUCCGCCACAUCACUAUCGCCCUCCACGGCCUGGUCACUUCCCACCACAGAGACCUCUUCGUCGUCCUCCACCGCCACAUCAUGUCCCUCAUCCCAAUGAGCCACCAUUCCAGAGAGGGAAGAGACAUGGCCCUCCUUUUGGAGCUCCUUCAAGACCUCCAGGUCCAUUUUAUCCUCCAAAAAGACCUUUCCUGCCACCGAGGUACUGAACUGUUAGCACAUCUAAACAGUAGAGUACAGGAUUAACGUGCUGACAUCCACAUAAUGCCAAUCUUUGACCGGGCUUCAUAAGAUUAGACUCUGACAGUCAGUACAUGUAGAACGAACACAGACCUCGUGCAGCUUGAGGACCUGUGCUCUCUGAGCGGCGAUCUCUACAUGGACUGUGAAGGGGUGUGGCUGUGUCUUCACGUAACAAGAGCAAGAGAGUGGGGGACAAAAAAGAUGACUGAAGUAGAAGAGAAUCACUACAGGGAUCUGGAAGGGAAGAUGGAUCAUGCAAGUGGAGCAGCCAUGAAAUUGCAAGAUAAAGAGAAAAUGAGGUGGUUAUACUUUUAUUUGAUUGCUCUUUACCAUUUAUUUUUUUAUUCACAGUUCUAAGGCAACGUUCAGAAUUUGAUUCUAGUCAUCCAUCCUUCCUUCCUUUAAAAAGUGUGUGUUUGUGAGUGCGCUUGUGUUUGAGUGUAUGCCGGUCUUAGGGUCUGUGCCCUAAACAGUCUAAACCAGAGGUGACCAGCUCCUGGUCCUAGAGGGCAGUUUUUCCUGCGUACACUGUUCCAUCUGAUUCAUUUCAUCACUUAACUUGCAUGGAACAAGUAGGCAGGGAAAUUGUAAACUGUCCUUAUAUUUAAAGAUCUCCAGGGAGGAAAGUGUGCAGUGCUGGUUUAAACUAUUGGCAUUAAAAAAAAAAAAUUAACUGAUUUCCUUCGUCAUUAGCUCAUGUACGAUUUGUGCGCAAAUUAAACCUGGAUGUACAGAUGCCUUCCGUAGACAUUUUUAUACCUGGGUAACAGGCAAGAUGUAAUCAGUUGUGUCUCAAGCUAAACCUUCUGAGAUUUGACUUGUGUUCCAUGUUCAUCGUUUGAGCUCCUCACCUACCGUUAUUCAAGUUUUGGGAUUACAUUUUAAGGAGAGUUCAGGAAAUAUUAAGUGAGCCAGGAUUGUGUCAUUUUGUGUGUGUGUGUUUUGUUAGGGGAUUAAUUUGGUGGGAGGGAUGUUAAAAGAAUAAUUUUUCUACACUGACUGAAGAUGCGGAAGAAAAGAAGUUAUUCUGUCAUGGGGCCUCAAUCAACAUUUUCCUCUCCUCCAGUUCCUUACGAGUCCUCACUGUACUGACUUAAAUAAAAGUGUUUGGAAAAUAAAAACCUCCAUGGGAGAGUGCGCUGUUUCUCAA